AUGGUGCCCUUUCCGGCACAAGGGCAUCUAAAUCAACUCCUCCACUUAUCUCGCCUCAUCUCCGCCUACAAUAUUCCUGUCCAUUUUCUUGGGUAUGAAAAUCACAUUCGUCAAGCCAAGCAUAGGGUUCAUGGUUGGGACACUAUUACUACUUCCAACUCUAUCCAUUUCCAUGAAUUCCCAGCGCCUAAAUUCCAUGUUUCUCCAAAUUCCAAGCUAAUGGCUACUACUACUGCUUCUUCGGUUGAAUCACGUUCAGAGAUUGUUACAAACCAAAUCCAUGCAUCUGUAGGGCUGCAUGAGCCUGUAAGCUUAAUUCUACAUGAACUCUCACGCAAAGCUAGAAGACUGAUAGUUGUGCAUGACGUACUAAAAGCUUCAUCUGUUCAGGAUAUACGAACUUUAUCCAAUACUGAGGCUUACGUUUUCCACAGCACUUCUUGUUUUACUACUUUUGUCCAUACAGCCGGCAAGAAUCUUCCUCAACUCGUCCCAACUGAUUCUCAACUGCUUAAGCUUGACCUUCCAAUCCCUGACAAUUGUUUUUCACCAGAUUUCGUGAGUUUUAUAAGAAAGCAGAUUGCAAGUUGCCAGAACCUUUUGUCCGGACAUAUCUAUGAUACGUGCAAAGACGUGGAAGGUAAAUUCUUUGAGUUAGUUAAGUUGCUUUUCCCUGAGAAAUUUCAAUGGGCUCUUGGUCCAUUAAUUCCAGUGGUAUUUCCAGAAAGAAACUCCUCCAAUGUUGAUCGUCAUAAAUGCCUGGAAUGGCUUGACAAGCAAGCUCCUAACUCUGUCAUAUUGGUUUCAUUUGGAACAUCAGUUUCAUUGUCAGAAGAACAAAUCAAAGAGCUCGCUAUUGGGUUGGAGCAGAGACAAUAUAAGUUUAUUUGGGUACUGAGAGAUGCAGAUAGAGAUAAUGAGGGUGAUUCAACUAGCAGAGACGAACGGAGAGUUUACCUGCCAAAAGGGUAUGAAGAGAUGGUGAAAGCAAGAGGAAUUGUGGUUAGAGACUGGGCACCCCCAAUUGGAGAUUCUGGGGCACUUGUCAAUAGGUGGAUUUCUAAGCCAUUGCGGAUGGAAUUCAUGCACAGAAAGCAUCAAUAUGGGAGUUCCAAUAGCAGCUUGGCCAAUGCACUCAGAUCAACCAUGUAA